ACAACUCAAUGAUUAACAAGUAAACUAUAAAACAAAAUCUCCACAACUAAUCUAUCAUUAUAGUUAAUAAUUUUGGGUAAAUAAGAAGCUCAUUAUCAAUUGUGCUGUUAUUUCCGGUUAUUUGACAUGGCGUCUCCCCAAAAUCCCGACGAGUACUACAUGGCACUAUGCCUUUUAUUAAGUGAAGAUAGCCCUGACACUAAAACCAAAGUAGGCGCUUGUGUAGUUAAUAGUGAAGGUAGUCUUCUCGGGAUAGGUUACAACGAUUUACCUACUGGUUGUUCAAGUCAGUUACCUAUGCUACAAAAAAAGCAUUGUAAGGACCACCCGCUAGAUCACAAACUUCUCUACGUGUGUCAUGCUGAACUUAAUGCAAUAGUUAACAGCAAAGGGUCGCUAAAAAAUGGUACUAUUUAUUGUACGCUUUUUCCAUGUAAUGAAUGCGCGAAAUUGAUUAUUCAACAUGGUAUUAAAAAAAUUGUGUAUCUUGAUGACAAGCAUUCUGCUAAAGAUACAACCAAGGCCUCAAAGAGAAUGCUUGACUUAGUUGGGGUCGAGUGCAGACAAUUUAGUUCGAAAAGAACCAUUACGAUUGACUUCUCUAAAAAGUCGGUUUUUUCUUCGCCUCCAUAUUAGUUCUUAUACACCAUCUGCAAAUAAUUUACUUUUACUUCACGCUUGUAAAACUAUAUUAUAUUCUAAGUGUAUUCUAAAAUUAUAUACUAAUACUAAGUGACUAUUCAUGUUUGUGAUUUUUUUUUUUGUCAACGUAUUUAAAAUUUUAUGAUGACAUACUGAUAUUAAAUUGAAAUGUUAACAUUGCUGCCAAUAAUUCAUAACUGCCAACCCAAAAAUUUGCUUCAACUAUUAAUAGUCACCCGGUAUUUAAAAAAUCUUUCAAAUAUAUUUUAAUAUAAAGAGACCUUAUCUUACCUAAACAAACUUAUGGUUUUGUUUAGAUUGUAGUAAUCUGUCAAUUUUAGAUUUUGAAAUGGGAAAAUGGGAUCCAGAAAUGAACAACAAUAAAUGUAUAUUUGGUUGCAUAAUUGAUUCUUAUUUUUUAAUUUUUAGAGAUUUCGAUCAUCGAAAAAAUAUUGUAAUCAACUAAGAAAUUAAACCCACUUAACGAACUAUUCUGAAUGUCUUAAUAGACCUUGUCCAAUACAUCUAGAAAUUCGAUUUACAAAAUUCGCUCCUUCAAACUUCUGUAGAUUGAUAUUUUUUCCUUUCUGUGAAACGUACUAGUUUACUAGAUAUUUUGUUUUAAAUCUCUCCUAGAAAAAAUGUAAUAAGCAAUAUUUUUAUGUUUUUAAGUGAAUGAAAAAAAAACUGUGAAAAUUCAAAACCUUAGCACGAAGCACAGUUUCAGUUCUUGCAUAAUUUUCAAAAUAAAAUUAAGUCGGUUUAAAAUCGCCCAUUAUCAUUUUUGCAUAAACACACAAAUCAUACAUAUGAUUCACACCACC